AUGGUACAAGAAGCUAGUGUGUCAACAGCUAAGCGACCGAAAACUUGGCAUUUUAACAAAUGGUAUUUUUGUAUACAAAAUGUUAAAUUUUUGAAAAAGUUACUCUUAACUAAUGUAACUGUCAAACAAGCAUGCUUAUAUACUAGAAUUUGCCGAUUAACUUCGAAGCCAAGUGAUCAAAGUGUUCAGUCACCUCAAUUAUGUCAGAUACCUGUUCCAGAUAAUUCACAACCACAGAGUUCAACACAGCAUAUUUUUCGACUUGAAGGAACUUUGAAAAAUUCACCUCAGAAUUACAAAACACUAGGAUUUAAACUAUUAAACGAUCAUUUCAGAGCUGAAACUCAUACUGUACACUAUCCACAAGUUUCUAAGACCGAGGUAAAUAAAUUUCAAGAGCCAUUUUAUCAGAGUGCAUUAUCUAAAGAAGCUGCAUUAACAAGAACACCAGUUAACCCUUACAUUCAAAAAGGUCAUACAUUGCUGAAUAAUUUAACUUUCACACCGUCAAGUCAACAGAUCCUACAAAAUACAUAUUAUCCUACAGUUUCUAACCAUCCAAACACUGGAGUUUAUCAUCAAAUUGGAAUACAAAAGGAUUUACCGACAAAUUCAAAUUACAUUCGUGUUAUAAAUACAAAUAAUAAAUUAGAUGAAAGUUUAGUUUAUACGCACCUAGGUAAUCGUAAAACUGAACUUCAACAUUUAAAUCCUGUUUGUGAAACUAUCAAAAAUAAACCCCAAUUAUCUUUCCCUGAUUAUACACGCUCUAUUCGGUGGGCUGCUGAGAAAGGUUUGAUAUCAGCUGCAAAACAAAAACGAAUUCUCUGGGAAUCAUCAAGAGAGAAAACCUCUCCACUUCAGUUGAUGCAAUCACAUUCUGAAGAUCAUCAUAAUCAACAUCAGUCAACGAAUAAUAGGGGUGAGGCAAAUCCAUCGAUAGUUAAUACACGUCAACAACGAUUGGAUAGUGAAAUCAAUGAAAGUGGUACAGAUCAAAACUGUGAACAGGAUAAAAGUACGCAUCAAUUAAAUUCAUCCAAUAAAAGUAGUACGCUAAAUCAACAACCAUCAGUAACACAAAUUUCCGCUGCAGCUUCAUUUUUCACCAGAGCUGGUCAGAAACUUGCCAUUACAAACAAUUCAAAACGUAAACGUAAAAUUUUAACCAAUGAUCUAUCUGAUCUAAAUCAUUUAUCUGGUUAUUGUACAACAACUUUACAUCGUUACAAUCAACAAUCAAAAUGUAUCACAGGAUUUUCCGAUGCUGUUCAUCAUCAUCCACCCCCGAUGCCUCCAACACUUUUGAAAUGGGGUCGAAAUGGUACAAACAAUUCUGUAUUAAAUAAUAAAACUAGUAAAGUCAAAGUGAUAUUACACUUAAGAUCUGAUCAUGAGAUUGACAAAGGAUCACAACCGAAAAUUUCAUAUUUAACAGUAGAAAAGCGUAAAAAUCAAGUUUGUUUAAAUGAUCCAAAUAUCAUUGGAACCGAAUCGACUACAUCUCCGAAAGGCACAAAUUUACAUGGUUCAAAAUUAUUUGCAAUGGAUGGAAUUUUUACUGAAGAAGAUUCAAUGGCAGAAUUAUGUGCAUUCGCUUUGACAGAUAUAAUUCAAUCGGUUGUGAAUGGAUCAGAUGGCUGUUUAAUAUCAUUUGGUACACGUGAUUCAAUAAAAUCUAAUUCAAUGUUUGGUGAUGACAAGCAAUCGUCUGGUCUUGGCAUUAUUCCUUCAGCUAUCUCUUGGUUAUUUCGAUUAAUCAAUGAACAAAAAGAGCGUACUGGCGCACGGUUUUCUGUUCGAAUUUCUGCAGUUGAAGUGUAUGGUAAAGAGGAAGCACUUAGAGACCUUCUUGCUUCUGUUUCUAAUGCCACAGAUGCAGCUGGAGCAAAUGCCCCAGGGAUUUAUCUUCGUGAAGAUCCAAUUUCAGGUACUCAACUAGAAAAUCAAAGUGAACUUAGAGCACCCACAGCAGAUAAAGCAGCGUUUUAUUUGGAUUCAGCAUUGUCUGCUCGUUGUCAACCUGUAACAACUGACAGUUCACCGGUUAAAUCUCCAACUGCUCCGUCAUGCUCAACUUCAACUUCCACUAGUUCAACAAUGAUAUGGAAAAGAAAUUCACACCUAUUUUUUACACUACAUAUAUAUCAGUAUAGAGUUGAAAGAAGCGGUAUAGGCUCGGGUGAGGCAAUUUACUAUGGAGCACAGCUUUUUCUUCACCUCAGGUUAGCUAUUAAUUUCAAGAAAUUCUAUUACUUGUGCGGUGCAUUGAUUUCUGAUGUUUUUCAAUUGUUCAAUCAUUCUGAGAGGCUAACUGAGGCAAGCAGUGGAAGUAAAGUGAAACAAUUUGGAGGACAACAAUUUAAUGAGUCUCCAGUUGGUUCUUCUGUUGGCAUGAGAAGUGGUAGUGCCGGUGCUGAAAGUGGUUCAUUAGGUCAUUCUGGAAGUAAUGCGAAUUCUGGCGAUCAUUGUUCACCACAUGCAGUACAUUCCAAGGAACGUAAAAGAUCAACUCCACGUACCAAUGUUUACGCAUGGCCACGUAAUGCAGUGAAGAAUGCAAUUGAAACUUUAAGUACACAAAAAGAACAAUGGGUUGAUGGACCUAAAUCAGAUUUUCAUCCAUCUAACCUUAUUCAUCAAGCAUCUCAGGUUACCACAAAUGUAGUGCCGAAACCAAGCAUGAUUGAUAAAGAAACGCAAGUUGAGGAACAAACUAAAACUUCAGUACAAGUGAUAAGUCCAUCUCAAAUAUCAUUACAAGAAGAACAUCAUCCAACUAGUGCCAGAUGUACACAUAUGCAUCAAAAGAUUCCUGGAAAAGAUACCUUCGAGCAAAAAACUGAUGAAUUAGGUAAGGCAGAACAAGAUAAACAAAUUCAAAAUAUUCCAAAGAAUGUAUCCAUAAAACCAAUUGCUUUAGAAAGGCCGAAUAUAACGUCAAAAUCUAACACAACAAGUCAAAUGGAAGGAAUGAUUGAUCAAUGCCCGAACGAUGGAGAAUUACAACAUGCUGAUGCAACAUUGAGUAGUCAGUGUUCAACAUGUGUUAUGGCUGAUUCACUUAUGAAUCAAAGUAAUUUAACUGUCGAAACAGGUAAUGUAACAAAUGUUGUACCAAUAGACAAUGAUACGAAACCACAAUCAUUAGAAUCAUGGACUGUAAAUCUUAGUCAAAACACUCCUGCUCCAAAAGAUUCUAUACAACAUACACCUAAUCUGAAUCAAGUGAUAAAUGUGAACACCUCGGUCAAACAAUCAUCUAAUGAAAAUCAUCUAACUAAAUCAUUUAUGAAUCAUAGUGAUUUGAAUGCAUCUAUUACUAAGGUGAAACCAUUUGUCAAAGAUUGGAUUCAAAAGCAUAGUACAUUGCCAACAAUAAAUACUACUAUGCAGGAAGAUUUUACCAAUACAAACGAUCAUCAUCAACUUCAACUAAUGAAAUCAGAUGGAAAUGAAUUAUGCCCUGUAAUCAAUGCAAAUCUUAGUAUGGCACUUGGAGAGAUCGGUAAUGAGGGUCAGGCUAUCAGACAUCACAUAUUUCAUGGCAAAGGAGAAUUCAUAAAGCCUGAAGGUAACUUAUGCUCGAAUACGUCCACCUCGAAAACACUAACUGAUGCAUUAUUCGGAAAUGCUGCGCUCCAGCCAAAGCAACCUCUUAUUAAUUCAGUUCAAACAUCUUCAAACUUCGCAAGGAUAGCUGCCUGGGUUAAGUCGGUAUCUGUUGAAACAUGUAACGCACAUGAAAGCGGUUUUAACCACUCGAGUGAAAGCAGUGCAAUGAAUAAACCCCAUGAUUUUUCGAAUGAUAUCUGUACAAACACGAAACAUGACUUAGUAUCUCACCGUCAAACAUGCUACUGCCACACUAAUACUGAAAACAAAACAUUGUUUCCUGGAGAAGGGCACUUUAUCCCUCAUCAUAUGACACGGUCUAGAGUACGUAACUAUGAAAAUGCCGUAAUACAAAGUUCAAAUUGUACAAAACGUAGUACCCUACGCCGUGGAAGGUCUGUACCGCCUAACUCAAUACAAGAAGGUUGCCACUCCGAAGUUCCUCAUUCCUUUGAUGAAUACGCCAAACAGGAUUUGGUCAUUGUCUCUGAAAGAACAACUACUCCACUCCCGGUUUCUGUUUCUUCUGGUCCACUUUGUGGAAAGGAAGAAAAUUUUAACAUAUUUAGGAGGAGUGAUAGAGACACACCCUCUUCAAGACGUCCUGAUGGAUCAUCAAACCCACAUUUACAUAAAGAACCACAAGGAACUGACAUCCAGAACAUAGUAUCAAGUGAUAAUAAAACUCAGAAUAACAGUGAUAUAUUUAACGAAAAAUUAUCACAUCAUGCAACUGGAUUUUGGGCAUCCUCUAAAAAGUCUCACUUUCGUAGUAAUACAAGACCUUCCAAUGAAGAAACUAUGGGAUUUUCUUCAAUGACAACUAAACAAUGUGCCAACGCAUAUGUCAAAACUUCCCCUUUACGAAAGACAUGCUUUUCACCUGAAGCAAAGAAAAAGUCAAGCAGAUUGCAUCAAGAUAAUGAAUCACAUUUACUUGUUUGUACUUCACCAAAAUCCUCCAAAUGUCAACGAUCGCAUAGUUUUUGCUCUUCAAUAGAAAGUGAACAUUCUUGCAAUAGGAAUGAUGUGUUAUUAGAUAGUUGUGCAAUUCACAAACUUGAUAACGCACAAAACGAUGAUAACGUCGGGACAAAAUUAAAUAUUUUACAGACUACUGCUGGUAAGAAGUUACCAAAAGAAAGUCGAACUAAAACAACUAAAGGACGAUUAAGCUUUUUAACAAGUCCUUUAUUUGGAAAGCGUAAAGAUAAAGAAGCAAAACAUUCUGAAACCACAAUAGCACAAGAUACAAAACAUGUUAGUCAUCAAACUGUAAAAAAUUCUGACUUACGUCGUAAACCACAAAUUAAAGACUCUGAUCAUUCCAAUCAAAAUAAACAUUCUUCUUCUCAGAUUGAUACAUCUGAAUUUCAAAUACGUAUAGGAUGUAUUCGUAGGGAUAAAUCAAAUUCUAAAAAUAUACAAUCAGAUAAACAGCAUAAUACAAAUAAGAAUACACUUUCACCAAAUUUACAUGCGAGUACCAUUCCACUUACAGCUAAUACUCCAAUAGCCUCUACAAAAAUUUCUUCAAUGCAGUCAAGUAGUGGGCAUGGAAGUGAAUGUAGUAGUAGUUUACUUACCGAACAAAAUAUUGCUUGGAAUUCUAAAGUAGAACCGAAUACAUCAUUGCGAUGCCGUUGUAAAAGACAUAAUCAUCAUCAUCAUCACCAUACUCAUCAGCAUCAUCAUCAUUCAGGAAAUGGACAAAAGUGUCAUCGAUGUUUUCAGUCUUCACAUACAUGUCGACCAGACUAUCAUAAUAAUAGAAAAUGUGACGUAGCAAACGAAACAAGAAAACCAGCUGAUGGUAAGAGAAGUUCCGAAAGUGGUAAUUCGGCUAGUGAGCACAGAAAAGUUGAAAAUAAAGAUUCAGACGAACAUAACAGGCAAUGUUCUGAUGACAAAGCUCUUCUUGAAUCAUUUGAAACGAGCAAGUUGUCGAUCGGUAUCCCAUCUUCCAACGUAUCUGGCUCUGGCCCUCGUCGAGGAGGCGGUCAUGCAAGUAGUGGUUACGAGAGUAUUGUACGUGAUAGUGAAGCUUCGUCGCACGCUGAUUCCACUAGUGGCAGCUCUGCUGGGGGUGUUGGUGUUGUCAUUGUAGAUGUUAAAAAAAAUAAAAUUAUCCCUCAAAAACAUUGUUCUACACAAGAAUACUGUGACCAGUGUCAUAGGAUUAAUCAAACAAAUAUAUCACUGGAUGAAAGAAUAACAGAGUCACAACAAGUAAUUCAAAGUGUCAGUAUGAAUAGUUAUACUAAAGAAGAACUAAACGAACGAUCUAUUCAAUGCAGUAGUCACAGGAUUCAAUCCAAUUCCCAAACUGUACAGACAUUAAUCACUUCGAAAAUUGAUCCGAAUGUAAAUAACCUGGAAUCAUCGUGUCAAGGCUUUCAACAAGUUCACUUGACAUCACCAUCCAAACAGUCUUCGCAACAGCAUUCAACAAAUUCCAAAUCCAGUGCAACAUCAAAAACUGUAACUUCCCAAUCCCUUUCAUCAUCAUCUUCUACCUCACAACGAAGUCGUUCAGCUCCUCCUUGUUCAGAAGAUACCUCGGAAGAAACUACAAGCAGUCCAAUUAGUGUAAGAUAUGUUUCUAAUAAACCAGAUGAAAAUCCUUCCUCUCAAAUAUCAACAAAUAUAAAGAACUCAGCGCGAGAAAACUCUUCAAAUGUUUCGUGUGUCCUUCAGAUGUAUGCAGACGAAGUUAAAGAAAUGGAACGUCAAAUACGUUAUGAAAAAACAUACGAUUUAUUGGCACAACAAGAUAUGCUUAAAAUGGAAUUGAUGACAGCGAAAGAUCGUCUUCUGAUUGAUCCUUCUACAUGGAGUUUUGAUCUUUAUGUUGCUGAACAAAUGGAUCCUGAUGACCCAAGUUUUCUUGAGGCAUUAGAAAAAGAAACUGAAAUCUUACGUAAACGCGUCGAUGCUUGCAAAUCUCAUAUUAUGCUCAUCACUUGCUUUGAUUCACAAUUCAAAUCUGGACAAUUAUCAAAUGUAACUAAUAAUUCUAGAACUAAUCAACCUAUCAAUAUAACCUAUACAAAUACAGAUUUAAAUUAAUUACAUAUUUGAUAAAAUGAAAAAAAAGAGUGAAUAUAUUCAAAUUUUGUUCAUUGACCCACGUGAUGCAAAUAGAUUAAGUUCUCAUUGAACACCUUGUACAGAGUUGAUGAACCGAUCAGCAUGUUGGAUAAAUUUUCCGCUGAAAUUUAUUUGCUUUGCAAUUAUAAAUGAAUCUUGUUAGAACAACAAAAAUAAAAUUAUCUUGAACAUAGAAUGACAUAAGAUAAAGGAUUUUAAAUUUACCUGAUUAUUUACAUGACAACGGAUUAUUUACUUGGAAAAACAAACAGAAUAAAGAAAUUAUCCCUUUUUUAUGUACAAUAUUGUUUAUUGAAAAACAGAAAUUCUUGUUUGUUUGUUUGUUCUUUUUUUUUAAAAAUCAAAUUAUUUCAAACAGAUCUAGGGAUUCUUUGUGAUUACUUUAUGCUUUUUUAAUCAUGGAAUAAAAAAAAACAUGAACAAUCUGUUCGAUUUGUUCGAAUACGAAAACGCAUUCAAUGUCCAAUAAAAUAUAUGUUGAAUCUUCUUCGUUUAUGUCUUUGUAUGUAAAACAA